GCCUCAGGGGACGGACCCAGCUUGACAGACUGUAUUUCCCUCUGACAGGCCACAGAGUUCGUGAUUUCACACUUGGGCGGCACUUGCCUAACUUGCUGCGCUGCACCGCAGCUCUGAAUCUGACUCCAGGAUGCCAUUGGACUGGACAAACAAACACGCAGACAUCAGCUCUGACUGUCCCCAGGACCUGUGCUUCGACAAGCUGACCAAGCAAUGCCUCAGCUGCCAUCUGUUUGGGAUCUCCAACACAGACACAAGAGACCUCACCAGCAUGGGCCCCACUCCAACUCAACUGCCCCCACAUCCUUCAGGGAACAUGCUAAGCCCAGUUUUGAUCUUUGGCAUCCCUGUUCUCAUGGGGCUAGUCCUGGUAUUGGCAUCAGUUUGGGGAUUUGUUACUUGGAAAAUGAGAAGGAGGCGGAGGAAAAGGGAGAAACCAAACGAAGAAUCCAAGGAAAAUCAGGACUGUGUUAUUUCCUUUGAAAGCCAGGCCUGUACAAGACCAAAGCUUCCAGAAGAAGAUGAUCUUGUUCUGGCCACGUGCCCACAUCUGAAUGGCUCCCUGAAGACAGCUGGGCCAACUGGAAGAGGAGAAACCUCAAAGUGGAAACUAGCCUACCAGGGGAGUGUGGGAAAUGAUGUCAUUCAUCUCUCUGCCCUGUCCCCCUGCAAUGAAGAAUGGGAUCAUGGCUUUCCACUGCCAGCAACUGAGCUGGGGGCCACUGUCCUGGUGACCACCAAAACCAUUCAAAACAGCUUUCCAAAUGAGGAGAGACCCUGAGAACUGGCAAAGUUGGGCUGACACUAGCUGGUUCACAAUGCAGAUGAGAAAAUUGCCUGCAUUGGAGUGCAGAAGGUGUUGCAUGAAAAUGACUUGAAUCAGAACUAGUCUGAAGCAAGGUCAGCCUUCUUUGCCUUCUAUAUAUUCCCUUUCACACCCGCAUUGAAAUCAGGAACCCCUGUAGAGCAAAGCCAACUUACCCUUGUUUUUCCCUAUGAUAGCUGGGGCAGAGUUGUGUCUGGGGAAGAAGCAUUUUUGUUCAGAGCCAACAUAUGUAGACUUUGUUCAGAGCCAACACAUAGAUGACUGCGGCAUCAGCAGGCAUGGAUGAAUUAGUAAUCGCACUUUAAAGUUGGUGGUGCAUGUUAUAGGAGAGGGACAGGGAAAUGCAAAGAGGAGGAUAAAAAGUCUAUUGAAUAAACAUUUAACUGGAGCAUGAGAGUUAAAUUAGGGCAAAACCCUGCACCAUUGACCUCAGUGAGUUUCAUCAUUGAUGUCCAUGGGAACAGAGUUGAGCCCUUCAUGCAGAUUCACUCUUAGGUUUUGGGGGAGCGGGGGUGUCUGUCAGACCACAUUCAACUUCUGUCUCCCUUAUGAUCAUGUUCCUGAUCCCCUUGAUCUUUUGUGUACCAGCACAUGCAGUUACCCACCUCCUAGAAGCAUCUCACACAAGUGGCAAAACUUUACUAUCUGUUUGCAGGACUGUGAAUUUCCUUGCAAGGGGUGGGAAGCCAAGAGAUGGAGAAGUGCCUCUUUCCAAGAAAAGAGUGAGGGAAGGCAGGAGGGGAAAUCUCUCUUUCAUGUGGCCAAGUGACACUGGUGUCAGAUGGUCACAGACAGGGAAUGGGAGCUAUGUGCCUGCCUCUGGAGAUGUACUGCACCCUGGGCAAUAUUAUACCCCCUGUACCUUGAAUCUUCCCAGGUCUGACAGUGGGGAGAGAAGAGCAAUGGCAGCAGUGCAGGAGCAGUGGCUGGAGGUUACCCCCUUGUUUUGCUGCCAAUGUGCCUGCUGGGUGGCAAAAAAGGAGGUGACAGCUCCCACAGCAGCAUCACCAAAUCUGCAGCUGCUGCUCCUACAAUACACAUGGCUGUCAUCACUCUGCCCUUCCCACUGCCACAGCCAGAGCAGUGAGGGUGUGGGGAGAGUAGGGGGGUGGGGGACAGACAGGAGGGUGAGGCACCCCCCUAACUCCAUUCCAGUGCCUCCUCUUUAGGCAGCACUCAAGGCUUGUGCCCUGCACUGUUGUUAUGUUACUUCACAUCCACCUGAGGCCACCACUGCUUUAGUUCCUAUUUCUUCAUGCCUCUCUCCUGAUACAAGGCUUAUACAAGACUUAAGCAUGAUUUGAGUGCAGAAUGGGCUGUUCAGCUUAUAGCUGUUUCAUUAAGGGCUCAUCUAUGUGUGGGAAUGGACAAAUAUCUGCUCCAGAAUAACUCCCCUUGGGGAUGCUGUAUGCAAAACAAAUGUGAUUUAACUCUGGAAUUAUUACUAAGCUUUAGAAGUGGCGUAAUUAUCCCAGAAUAAUAUUGCUUGUAUUCCUGAAUGUUAUCCUCAUGAGAAACUUUUUCUAGCAUGGCUAAAAUACACCAGAAUAGCUACAGCAGAGUAGUUAUUCCAGAAUAAAUAUCCAAGUCAAAUCCCUUUGUGUAGUCGAGGCUUGGCAAAUGUAUCUCUGGUGACAAGCAUUACUGCGCUAAAGGGGCUGGUUAUGAGCCAAUACCAGUGAUCCAGACAAUAGGAUGGAAAGGGAAGACUUAUAAUGCAUAAACAGCCAACCCCAUAGAAAUGCUGAAAAAUUGCUCCAUUAUAAAGGGCAUUUGCCUGCUUUAAAGGUACUUAAUGUAGAUUAGGAAGAGCCAUGAAAAAGAAAAAUUAUAGUUGUGUAUGUUUAUCCUUGCCAUCAUUUGCCUGGGAAUCUGUCUGUGAUGACAGCAAAGUGCCCUCUUGCUUAUACCCUAUUUGACAAAGCCUUCAUCUGCCCUCAGCACCUCUGACACCUGCAUGGUUAUACUGUAAGAUGCUGUCUCCCUCUUUUUCCCUACCAUGGGGAUUAGUGCUGGUUUUCUUGCCCUGCUAUGGAGAAUUGUAGGAGCUGCUACAGGGCUCAAAGGGCUGAACCACUCACUGCAACUGGUAUCUCCAACUUCCUCACAGCAGCCAUGACAAAGCAACAGAGCAGAGAGCUUUAGCUAAGAUGCAUUUUGACUGGGAUGAUGGCAACCUGCAAGUGACCUGGAUUCCAGUCCCAAUCUUCCAUGGCCUCUCAGCAGAGAAUGCUGCAGAAGCUGGGCUAAGUAGAGCUCAGCUUCUUCACAGGAAAUCUAGGUUUGGUCACCUGCUUCCACAUUUCAUUGCUCUGGCCCAGAAGAGCAAUAGAAGCAUGGGCACUCAGCUCCUAGGCAGUCCUCAUAUCACCUACCAUGGUAACUGUAGUUAGUACUGCUCCUGGACAGGCUACCACUCAAGGACAGUCCCCCAUCCCCAUGAAACACAGCUUCAUAAUCUUUGUGUACCAAGGUCCCCAUGAUCAACCAUUUCCAAUAGCUUUUCUUCACAUGCUAUCCCAGUAUACUUUGCACCAGUUUCUAUAGUGGCUUCAUGGGAAGCACUAUUGAAAUUAACAUCAUGAUAUAUGGGGCAAUCCUAGCACAUGUAAAUAAUACAUGGUUAGAGCAAAUCUGCUUCAAUAGAAAACUGGAGAGAGAGAACAGGAGCAGGAUCCAAAAUAUCUCCCUUGAGCCCCACUUCUUCACUGCCUCUGACUCCUAGGGUGAGAACUGUGGAUGUAAAAACUAUCUCUUAGGAGCAAUUAAAUCAGACUCUGAAGUUGGUGAUGGAACAGACACAUUGGAUGAGAACAUCUGCUUGCCAUGGCAAAAUCAUUCCUUGCAGUACACUUCUGCAGGGUUCAUCCUAUGUGGUUCAAAAAGGUCCAAGUGCUGGAAUUUCCGUCAUCUCCUGUAAUACCACAGUGAGACAAUUUCCUUGUGAGCUAUCACUAAGCUUUGACCAUACCUGCAUACCAUUUCAAUCCAUAUUGGAUUAUUCUGAGGCAAGUCACUUGCUAUCUGUUUUGGGAUACACAUUUUUUUGCUCACUAUCUUGACCAUCUGAGCCAAUGAUAGGGGCUAAUUUACCAAUAAUAGUUCAGCCUUUCCACCCUGCAAGCCCAUGAGGGAGAUUGAGACAAUUUGUCUCAUUGCUGCAGCAUUCUUUGUAGAUGCUUCUUGCUCUUUUAUUUCCAGGGCAUGGGAUUGGCUGGGUCUAUUAAUUGUAUAUUGGGAACAGUGGGAAAGGAAAGCAAAGAAAAAAGCUGUAGAAUUGAACAAUAAAAUGAAACUGCUCUAAA